CAGAGCGCUUACAACACGUAGAUGAGAGGGAAUCUAGAGCAAAGCUGUUGCUGCACGGCGCACAUGUCAUUCAUGCCCUGGUUUGGAGGAGCGACUGGAGAAGUAAGGGGGGAAUAUCGACAGCCACAGUGAGAGAGAGAGAGAGAGAAACUCGUAAAGAUCAGUCUGAAGAAGAGGAAAACCCCAACACCACCAUGAGCAAUCAGUACCACGAAGAGAUUUCCGAGAGAACAGAGUGUAAAAGCAAAUCUCCAACUUUGCUCUCCUCGUACUGUAUAGACAGCAUUCUGGGCAGGAGGAGCCCGUGUAAAAUGAGAUUGAUAGGAACACAAAGUUUACAGUCACUGCCCGGCCGCAGUGAGCAGGACAAGGCAGCAGGAUCCCCUCAAGAUAGCCUUUGCUUUGACACAGAGAUCCACCUUCCUCCCAAAUUGCGCAGGCUGUACGGGCAGGGAGGGAAGUUUUUGGAUUCCAAUAGAGGAUUUAACGAGCAUGGAGAGAAAGAGGAGAUCGUUCGAACCCUGGAUCAGACCUGCGAGAACCUUAAAAUCACCCAGGCGCCGCAGGUCAGCAUCAGCCGCAGCAAGUCCUACCGAGAGAAUGCGACUUUCAGCCAGAGCCUCGGAGACAAGAGCCCGGAACGCGUUCGCGAGGAGAGGAUGGAGGUCGAGGCGCUGAAGUACGAGGAGGAGGCGAUGAAGGAGGAAGCAUGUGAAGCAGACUUGUCUCCCAAAGUGGGAGAGGGGAUUCAGAACGAGGGGGAUGUUAAAGAUGGGGAGGACAGCGUGUGUUUGUCCGCGGGUAGUGACUCUGAAGAAGGGAUGCUAAAGAGAAAGCAGAGGCGAUACAGGACUACCUUCACGAGUUACCAACUGGAAGAGCUGGAGCGAGCUUUUCAGAAAACACACUACCCGGACGUGUUCACCAGAGAGGAGCUUGCUAUGCGACUGGAUUUAACAGAGGCCAGAGUACAAGUGUGGUUUCAGAACCGCAGAGCCAAGUGGAGGAAGCGUGAGAAAGCUGGAGUGCAGACCCACCCCCCUGGACUGCCGUUCCCAGGCCACCUGUCUGCAGCCCACCCCCUGAGCCCCUACCUGGACAGCAGCCCCUUCCCUCCCCACCACCACCACACCCUUGAGUCAGCCUGGAACGCUGCUGCUGCAGCUGCUGCAGCCGCUGCUGCCUUCCCUGGCCUCCCUCCUCCCCCAGGGGCCUCUGCUCUACCCUCCGCCGGGGCUCCGCUGGGCCUCAGCACCUUCCUGGGGGCCGCCAUGUUCAGACACCCUGCCUUCAUCAGCCCCUCCUUCGGCAGACUGUUCUCCACCAUGGCUCCCCUGACCAGUGCUGCCACAGCAGCAGCCCUGCUUCGACAGCAGGCCCCGGCCGUGGAGAGCGCGGUACAAUCCGGCAACCUGUCCGACCCAACCUCCGUGGCGGCAGACAGACGGGCCUCCAGCAUCGCGGCGCUCAGGCUGAAAGCGAAAGAACACUCGGCGCAGCUGACACAACUGAACAUCCUCCCCGCCAACAAUACAGGGAAAGAGGUGUGCUGAGAACCACGGGCCUUAAACAGUAACGAGAGCAAGACCACAAUGAAAUACAUAACAACAAUAAUACUACUACUGUACUACUAAUAAUAAACACACUGGCAACUAAUACAAGGGGUUAGAUUCCCACGUCCCCACUCAGUGUGCAGAGUUGCUGAGAGAACAUUAAAUGAAAAAAAAAUCAUUCAAGGAGAACUUCCUGUUAUCACAGUGCGUUUAUCUUUCAUAUAAACAUUAAAAGAAAGUUGCUGUUCGCUUCUUUCACGGAACAUGCAAACUCCUAAACACCGGAGGAGCCAUCCAAGGACAAGUAAGAGUCGCACGGUGUGUUUCUACAGCGUGCAGCGCGCAUUCCCAACAUUUCUCCGGUCUGGGGCUGUUUUGGAAACACGUUCAACCCCAACCACAAGAAGUGAAACCGUGAAGAACAUUGCAUCCCUUGUAUUACUGUGGAAGAAUAAAUUCAUCUAUCUAUCUAUCUAUCUAUAUAUAUA